AUGGCGGGCCACACUGGAGGCCUGUUAAAAGCAAGACACAACACAGACACUGCCACCGGUCAUGAUCUCGAUUAUGACACUCGUGGGCACCCGGUGCCCCGCAAAUUCAUUACUUGCUUAUCUGGCGAGGCGCUCUCGAAUGCGCACGAGUCUCCGGUAACCAUCAUCCUCGCAGCCAGGGCAGACUGUUUGGCCGUCCAAAUCCCGGGCAGAAAGAUCAUCUGCCGACUGUUGCUGGUGAAACAGAGAUACCUAGCAGACCCCAAAGUGAUGUUUUCGCCGCGCCUUGAUAUCAGAAUCUCGGAGAUCGGCCACUGGCGUGUCCAGAAAAUGAUGAAACACAGAUGGACGGAAGGAAAGGAAAUCAAGCGGGUGGAGAACAAAGUUGUGAAUUGA